AUGGAUCAAAGAGGAGCCCGACCUCCCAUGCAGCUGCCUGGCCAACCAGCCCGUCCACCCGCCCCGCAGUUCGUCCAAGGCGACUAUGCACACCGCCUAGCCCCAUCAUACAGCAACUGGCAGGGCCAGGCAGCCUACAACCCGCAAAUGUUCAUACCCGGCGCAGGAUACGACGUACAGGCCGCAGUAGCUGCCGCGCAACAUAUGACGCCUGCGCGCCCACCGCAACAGGCGCGCUCGGAACGCUUUGACCCCACAGCGAUGCCGCCCCCCGGUGGCCAGUAUCCCAUGGGCGCAUUCCCAUGGCCGAGGCAAGACGUAUCCCCUACCGGCACGCGCGAACAUAACGGAUCGAGGCCAAACACAUCCGACGGGCAACUCCUUUCUCCGAUUCAGGUCAAGAGCGAACGCGACGAGAUGGCUCCAUCUGUUCCCGCCGAAGAGCCCGAACCAAAGGUCGACCACCGUAAGCGUAAGCGUAACCGCACCAUCCGGUCUUGCGUGCCAUGUCACAACCACAAGCGAAAGUGCGACCGCAGACGGCCGUGCGGGCGCUGCACGGCGCUCGGACUGACUGGGUCGUGUGUGUACGAGGUCGACGAGGCGCGUGAUCCAAACGACCCCGAGGUCAUUGAGACGGACCGCUUACGCCGCCGCAUCGCCGAGCUCGAACAGGUCGUGCGCGAACUUCGUCAACGGCAUCCGCCCCGUAACCAGACUCAGGCACAGCAGCAGGCUACAGUCAAUACGACCAACAUGGGCAGCAUCGCAGGACCAGCCACCGCCGACGACAAGCGAAGGGUCAUUGUCGACCGGUUUGCAAAGUUCAAACUUGGCGAGGUCGGCGCCGGCACAGCGUGGAGCGCCAACACUCCGACAGCAUCGGACGCGUCGCCGGAAAGCACUGUCAGCCUCAACCGCCCACAUUACGCCGAGCCUUACAACGCCGCCUCACUACCGGGCGAGGACCUUGUCAGCGACAAGCAGGGCAGCAAGACGUUCCUCGGUGCGCCGGCUGGUAAACCCCUAUUCCGACGCCUGCGUGAGAUCGUCAUCGGCAAGGGCAAGGACCAUGCCGAGAUCCCCGAGGAUCUCGCAUUCACGGGCUGGUUCUCGACCCGAAAGACGUUCCCAUUCACGACCAUCUGGAGCCACGACAACUUUAUCGACGAGAUCCUUGGUUUGCUUCCGUCGCCCGAGGACGCCGAGCUGCUGCUCGAAGCGUUCGUCGACGAGAUCGCCGUCCUCUUUGAGGCGUGGGUCCUUCCCGACUUGUGCGCGAGCUUCCGUCACUUCUUCACCCUCAGCAGUACCGAAAAGCGCUCCCACCCGCUCCAGGAGCUGUCGCUGUUCAUCAUGAUCUGCUCGCUCGGAUGCAUGAUCCGCUCGAGCGCGAGCGAGAUCUUUGGCGACGGCAAGCCGUCCCCUCCUCACACGGGACGGGCCGCGGGCGACAAGGACCUCACGACGUCGCGCCUGCAGAGUGAACUGUACCUCUCGGCCGCGUACCAGGCGCUGCGCCUGUGCUCGUUCCUCUCCAGCCCGACGAUACACACUGUCCAGUCCCAGAUCCUCAUCAACGUGUAUCUGCUGCACAGUGAGCGUGCCGCCGACGCGUGGGCUCUCACCGGCUCACUCGUGCGCCAAGUCAUCGCGCUUGGCCUGCACGUCGACCCGGCGCAUCUUGACCCUCGCAUCUCACAGAAAGAGGCCGAGAUCCGUCGCCGAGUGUUCUGGACCGUGGCCGGCCUCGACUGCCUCCUGGGUGUGUCGUUCGGCCGCCCGACCAUCAUCAACUACUACACGUGCGCGGUCCCGCAGGACAUCGAGGACGAAGUUCUAUCCGAGGAGCCUGGCAGCGCCGUGGCCCUCACGCCGCCGACGAACGCGCUCAACCCAAAUACGACUGAGCAGACCUUCCACGCCGCUUACUUCCAGAUCUCGUUGCCCAGUCUCGAGCUCCUCAACCGCGUGUUCCACGUAUCGCCGCUCGUCGCGCGCGAAACCUUCAUGGGUUGGUUCCAGCCUACGGUCGCCGACCACCCGGUGCCUCCGCCGACCGUCGUCGGCAACACAUACGAAGACGCGAUUCGCCUCGGCCGCGACAUCUUCGAUUGGUACUCUCAUGUGCCGGAAGGCAUGCGCUUCGAUCCCGAAGAUCCCGACCUCCUCAACCUCCGGCAGCGCACGCGCAUGCGGAUUAACCAGACUCUGGCGCUGGCUGUCAAGACAUUUAUCCUAGUGCUCAUCCUCCACCGGCCGUACCUGCGCGCCGACCCGAGCGCGUACCCAGAGUCGGCACAGCUCUGUGGUCGCUCGGCACACAUCAUCCUCUCAGCCUAUUCAGCGAUGGCCCGCACCAAAUCCUCAAUCGUCUGGUCAUGGUGGACCAUGUCCUACCGCGCCUUCCAUGCCGGCACUGUCUGUGCCUUCCUAGCCAUCCGCGAACCAGGAACCGACCUUGCCGAACGCUGCCUAUCUGACCUCCGCUCGGCCAUAACAAUCUUCGACGACCGCAGUUCAAACUGGAACGUCUCGCACCCCGUCCAAGGAGACCUGUCGGCCGGUCUACACCGCCUCGAAACGCUCGCGACCGCCGCGACGCAACAACACUCGCCGCGACCGGAACACAGUCACCAUCCAGACGCACCCAUCUUCCCAAACUUUGCGGGUGAUCCCAGUGUGCUGUCCUUCCCCCAUGAGCUCACGCAAGCAUCCGACCACGAGCUGCUCCUGGGUGUGGACGAGCGAGCUGGAGACGUACAGCGCCGCCCGUCCGCACCGUUCUUGCAGCCGUGGACUCUCACUCAGCCGGGGCCGGACGCGGGCAUGACCAGCCCGUUUACGACGGAGCCGCUGGCUCUUCCGCAGAUCUGGGCGUCCAUGUUCAACAUCAAGAUGGACCCGGAUGUCGACGACGUACACGGCAUGCCGCAUCUAAUGUCACAUCCGCAGGCCAAUACUGCGCAGUAG